AUGUUGCCUGAUGAGAAAUUUGCUCGGCAAGUAAGAGAUGAUAAUAAAAGAUUGGUAUACACAAAACGGGAUACAAAAAUGGUGUGGUUCAAGAACCGUCGAGCGAAAUGGCGUAAGCGCGAACGCAACGCCAUGAACGCUGCAGCGGCCGCCGCCGCGGACUUCAAAUCGGGCUUUGGUGUUGCCAACGCACAAUUCAACGGUCUGAUGACAGCUGCUCAAUUUGCAGACACCGAAGCACUGUAUUCACCUUAUGCCAGCUACGCUGGCGUCAACAAUUGGGCAGCAAAAGUCCCACCGAGCCCUUGGGGGCGAAAAGUUUUCGGUAGUGUAGUUCCUACGAAUCACCAUCAUCAUCACCAAUCGGCGGUGAAUUGUUUUAAUCCUGUCUCGUCGUCUAUAAGUCCAGCAGGUGCUGGUGGUGUUAUGGGAGUCACUGGUGGUGUUACUGGUGGUGUUGGUAAUUCAGCACCGUGUCCCUAUACGACGCCUACUAACCCAUACGUGUACAGGCAGUUCAACUGACGGUUGAAAUAAGCAUUUGAAUGAAUGAGAACAUUUUGAGCUGAACUGUCUAUCGAUCCGAGCCUUCGUGCGUAGCAAUGUCUUCCAGCAUAGCAAGUCUCCGCCUCAAAGCCAAACAGCACAGCUCAUCAUUUGUAACAUCAACAGGAAAUUCAUCAUACAGCCCUGUUGCCAGCCCCAUACAAUCACGAUCCAGUCCUGGAAGCUCUAGUUUGGGGUCAGCUUUAGGGGCUACUUUAGGAUCUGCACUCACUUCCACUUUAGGGACCACUGGAUUAGGCAGCAGUCUGAGUGCUUGUCAAUACGCUGAUAGGGUUGUCUGAGGACACGCCAAUAACUUGGAUUUUUUUUACCCUACACAAGGAUUUGGGAUGCAAGCAGAUGAAUCGGAAAUCAGAUUGUCUUCCAAUUUUGGUGUUGGGAUUCCAUCCAACGAUCUGCACAUGAAUUUAGGACUUAGAUUGCGCAGUGAUUUGGGGAUGCAAAGUCCCCAUACAGAAAUUACUAGUCUUGGACAAGACUUGAAUGCAACAAAAGUCGGAAGUUUUACUUUAGCAGACGAAUUGGGAUUAUCUGCAAUUACCAUGCAAACGAAUCCUCCUGAAAGUGAUUCCAGGGUUGUUCAAAGUGAUAGGGAUGAUUCGAGUGAUGAUUUGGGAGAUUAUGAAGAAGAACAAUUGUUGAG